AGAUGUUGAAUCGCUCUGGUUUCUUCUUCCUUCGCCAUCUUCUCACGCUCUUCUUUCACAUACUCAGCUUUGCAAGUCUGCUUUUUCUUUUUUUCUUCUUCUUCCCUCCCCACUCCCUUUUCUUUUUCAAUUAUAUUGGAAAUUGCUUUAUUUCUUUAUUUCUUCUUCCGCACAGCAGCAAGAAGCUGCACACAUAUAUAUCCUCUUUCAGUUGUGUUUUCUAUUUUAGCUGACAGCGACAACACCCGCAGCAAAACACAAAGAGCCACGUCUGCUCUCCUUUGGCACAGGCUUUCUCUGCGAAACGCAAUCGUGUGGCUGGCAAAAGCAAAAAGGAAAAGAAAAGAAAAAUAGAAGCACCGAAAGACAUCGCCACGGCGUCUCUUUCUGUCCUUCUUCUUCACCGCGUGUCUAAUAGCUCACAAACAUCUUGGAAAACAUUGACGUAAGUACUAUUCUUCAUCCUAUCACCUAUUAAAUUCCCUAUAGAGAAUACGGUUGCUUCUCUUUCAUAUUUCUUUGACUUUUUUCUUCUCCCCCCUUCGGCUCGCCCUGGGUUUGUUUCGACGUCGCGUCGCAUCUCUUUCGCCCAACUCACGUGUCAAGCGAAGUGUUAAAAGACGGAGAUAAAACUGUAGUUCCUAUAACCUGAACUAUCUUUGGUUUCUCGUUCUCCCUUGCUGCUUCCCGUGCUCCUUUCUUUGGUUUUUUUCUUCCCUUCUCUUUUCACACGGGUACCUAAUUCGCUGUUUUUCUUUUUCUUCCUCCUCUCCUCUCAUCAGCCGGUCUUUCUUCAGGUGUGUCCCUUCUAUACAACCCCGUUGGGUCUGCUUUCGACCAACCACGCACCCCAAGGCAACAGCUUGACGUCACCCUCUACACACUCCCGCCAAGAUCCCGUUUGCUAUUUAUUUUCUUGAUCUUUCUUUCCUCACUAUUUUUUAUUUUUUAUUUUUUACAUUUAGGAAAAGUUUUUUUCUAUAUUCCCCCUGCCCAGUCGAGGAAUAAGGGGACACGCCAAGGGAAUACACUCUCCAAAGGAAUCGUGACUCAUCACCGCUGCCGCUGCCGCCCUCCACGUGCAUCAGCGUGCAUUGAAAGCAGCUCCUUUUUUUUUGGUUGUUUUCAGAGAGCCUCUUCCCUCAUUUGUGCAGAACAACUUUGCCAUUUUUUUGAUUCUUUUUUAAGUUACACAAUCAUCAGCGCCUUCUUCCUGUUCUUCUUCUUUCUUUUUUCCUCGUGUUUCUUUUUGCUAAACUAGUGAUAAUCGUGUCGCCAACAGUGUUGCUCCUCUUCUCUCUUACACACCCUCUCUCUCCCUCCCUCUCGAGUCGUCUGCAAGGACUUUUCUCAUCCACCAUGCCAUCUAACCAACCGCAGCACCGCAACUGGAGCGCGUCCACCUCGGGCGAGGUCGGCUCCCGCCAGAGCCCCGUCUCCGCCUCCGAGGGCCGGCGCAGCCCCAACGGGCGUCGCUCCUACCAGGAGCGUAUCACCACCGUCCGCUUCAUCCAGCCCUCCACCGGCGAUUUGAUGUGCACGAAACUGAACCGGGUGCAGCGCACGAAAGCGAAGCCGGAUCACGACGCGCAGCUGUGCGAGAGCUUUCUGAAGGGCCACUGCGAGGCAGGCAACGGCUGUCAGUUCGUCCACGUGCCGAAGCAGUACUUGUGGCAUCAGCUGGACCCGCAGGUGGACCCCGACUCGUACUUCUACUUCCCAGGCUUCAACAUCCGCUGCUACACGCCAGACAUGGACAUCUACUACGACAUCCCCAGCGAGUACAUCUACCAAACCCGCGGCAGCGACCGCUACGUGGAGCUCUUCAACGACAACGGCGACAACUUCAAGGACAAGUGCCGCCUCUGUCCGAGCCUGCAGGCGCAGGGUAAGUGCGACAAGAACGAGACGUGCGACGAUAUCCACUGCGCCGUGCGGGACCUCUCACAGUUCCCGCACAUCGCCACCCACCGCGCCACCGCCGCGGCCCUGACAGACUACGAGCGCAUGCCGGGCGAUUUGGUGGUACGCGUGUAUCAGCCGAACACGCCCGGGGACGGGGUGGACUUCAUGGGCAGCGAUGUCCUGCGCACGGCCGGCGCGACGCAGUACGAGGAGGCCUCCCGUCAGGCCGGCGGCGUGCCCUCGCUGAAGAUGCAGCACUGCGCGCACUUCCAAACGAAGAAGCUGUGCCGUAUGGGCGACGGCUGUCGCUUCCUGCACGUCGUCUCCGUCGCGCUGGCCAGCCCGGCACCGGAGGACGACGGCACAACGCACACAACGCCGAGCCCGACGGCCGGGCGCGAGAUGGGGGCCGAGGAGUGCGCGAUGAACAAAGCGCGCGAGAUGGCCGCCCUGGCCAUGGCGAACGACGGCGCCUUCAUCGGCAGCCCCGGUGACAACGUCACGCUGGGCAGCUCGCAGGGCAACGCCUCCUACCCAGGCUACGGCAAAGGGCCCUCCCCCACUACGGCCAUCCCGCCGCCGGCGCAGCAGGGACAGCAGCCGGCGCCGCUGCCGCUGCAGCAGCAGACGGGAUCGCCCAUCUACAGCAAUUCCCCCUAUGUCGGUCCGGUGGCGACGGCCGCGACGGGUCGGAUGUCGCCGGUCCAGUACCGCGCGAGCGGACGCGUGUCACCGUACCGCGUCAUGGUGGCCACGGGGCCGACCGGUGCGGCUCCUGCGCAGCGUCUUUCCCCGGUGUCGCCUUCCUCGGGCAUGAUGACGGGCUCGCCUACGCAGCAGACGCAGGGCCGCAUCUCGCCGGUGCGCCGCAAUAACCCGUACGCGCUGUCGCCCAGCACCAACACACUUAACUAG